AUGGACCCGUUGAAUACACUAUUCCAGAAACAAUUGGAUACCAUGCAGCGAAUUGAGCUAUUUCUGGACAUCUAUAAAUGCAAACCCUUCGUAACCGACGAUUUGCGAGAGCUGAAGGAAGAAGUAUCCAGCGCUGCGGAGAAACUGCAAUGCACCAAGCUAUACCUCGAUACGGAUCGUAAGGAUGUGUGUUCACAGUUUAUUAAAAUAAUGCAGAAAAUGCGACGCAAUGAGCUUUUGAUGCUUCAUCUGUUGGAGCUGGGAAUACAGAAUGCAAAUUCAGACGCGAAACCAACCCAAUCUUCCACCUCGAAACAGAUGCCACUGAAAGAGCUGCAAAACGAAACGAAACCCUCGAAAAUGUAUCUACAGGAUUACACCAAAUCUCCGUUUGCUUUACGCUCAAAGCCAAGGGACAUCCAUUUCUAUGACUUCGAAGCUAACAUAACGGAAGAAGAAUUUGAAACGAUUCCCAAAUAUUUGAAGGGCCGUAUGCAGCUGUCUGAAUUGAAACAGUUUCUCGAAAAGGAUGUCAUAAAAUGUUUCGAGGAUAAGUACACGCUCAUGUACAAACAUCGCAAAGCACUCGUAAGCCAGCACGAUCUUAAUGAAUGGAAAGUGUACAACAGCAUGCAAGCUCACUUUCCGGAUCAAAAAUUCAUCACCCAGGAAGACUUAUCGCGCAAAACGGGCAAAGUUUUAGACAAAAAGAGCUAUUCAAAAUUACAAAUGCUUCGACAUCUUCACAUUCUGCAAGAAGUACGCUCGGAAGGAACGAUUUACUUCCUAUGGAGUUAUAGCAAAUAA